GGGUGGAGGUAACGGGAUCAGUCCGCACGUGAGGAGUGGGUUUGACAUUGGGAGCUUGAAAGUGGAGAGAGACACAGUGAGGCGUCUGCUCUCAGCCCCUCGCCCAGGGAAGCAUCACGGUUUAUCAGCCUGCGUGUUUCCUCAGACCCUUCCAGUGACAUUUACAUCAGCGCCGGACACACCGGGAGGAAACAUAAUGCGAAGUCUCGAGACGGGCGCGCGCACGCUGCCGGAUGCUGUCUCUGAUUUUCUAUGAAGAAUGCUUUAUUUUUCGUACCUCUGCUGUAAUCGGACAUCGAUCGUGAAUUAUGUUUGAGAGAACAGCGUCGCCUGUAAGGUGCUUGAACUCUAAGGAAUAAAAGUUAGCAUACGUGACGGAUUAAUUUGACAUGGAUUCGGUGGACGAAUAAAUCCCUGUCGAUACCAGCACCCUGUCACUCAGUUUAUUAUUUCUUCUGAACGCCCGAUGGACCGAGCAUCUUCACGUAGCAAUACACACGCACAGAGGAAUUAAUGAAGAACUUGUUUCGGAGAGUAAUCAGACAGGGCUUGGAAAUCUUACAAUGAGGCUGAAAUCAUCGAGGUUGGGUUACCUAUUACUUCAAUUCAUGACUUUGUGUUUUUACAGUCAGAUGACGACGCAGUCCGUCUCUGUACCCAAUUUUAAGCACCAUGUAACCGAGCAGAGCCGUCUGUCAGACAGGACGAGCCGGAGAUUAACAAGGACUUAUCAGCUCUAUAGCCGGACGAGUGGGAAACAUGUACAAGUCCUGGGCAAUAAGAGGGUCAACGCUAACGGCGAGGAUGGAGAUAUUCACGCUAACCUUGUUGUGGAAACCGACACGUUCGGAAGCCGGGUUCGAAUCAGAGGAGCAAAAACCGGAUACUACAUUUGCAUGAACAAGAGAGGCAAGCUUAUUGGACGGAGGAAGGGCCGUGGAAGGGACUGCAUAUUCACCGAGAUUGUUCUGGAAAAUAACUACACGGCUUUGCAGAACGCCAAGUACAAAGGCUGGUACAUGGCUUUUACACGCAAGGGUCGACCCAGGAAAGCCACGCAGACCCGGCAGCAUCAGCGAGAGGCCCAUUUCAUGAAACGUCUUCCUCGAGGACACCUGUUAACAGAACAGAAGCCUUUCGAUUUAAUCCCAUAUUCCCCCAACAAGAGGACUAAGCAUCAUCAGCGCGCGAACGUGAAUUGAGGACCGAAUCUUAUCUAAUGCCGGAGCGCUAUCGUAAAUCGAGUCUGUCUAAUCUGAGAGUUACUGGACAUCGCGUCGAACUGAUGUUGUGUAAAAAUGAAGGAGUCUUCACAGGCUCAGGUCUGAGAUGAAUCGCAGUACUAAAUAACAGUUUGUUCUGGGACAAUCAACUGUUGACUGAACAGAGGACACCGUAAGCCUUGUAAUAAUGAGCAACGCAUCUCUGGGAAUGAAGCAAGACAACAAAACAAGACACAAAAACACUUUCAGAAUAAUGUUUAGGGGUACAACAGCUUGUCACUGGGGCAGAACCUUUAAGACACGACAGGCAAAACCAGUUUUUUGUUUUUUCAGGCUCUGGUCAAUUUUGAAAUUUUUGGCUGUUUUGCUUCCGUAAUUUCUAGUAGUCACACAGAACAUUUAAAAAAGUCACAUUGAAAACAUUCACAUUUAAGUGAAUUUUUAUUUUUAUUACAGUUUAUCCUUUUUUUGUGUCUGUAGAUAUCAAUUACAAUGCGUAUCUUUAAAGCUGUUCUUUUCUAAAUGAAAUCUUACACCACACUUAAUACUUGUAUUCAUAUCUAUAUUCUGAAAGUUUUAACAGAAGCGUUUGUUCAUACAUCAUUCUUAUAAUUUAUAUGCAAAAUAUAUGUUUAAAAACAUAAAAAUAUGGCUAAAAUGAAUCGAUUUUUGCCUGUUGAUAAUAUUUUCUGAGUAAAGGAGUGAUUUUUAAGAAUUGUAAGCAAUUUACAUUUGCGUUUAUAUUCAAUAUUCAGAUUCUGUUCUAGAAAUGAAUGCAAUUGGAUUUCGCUUACAAUAUUAAUACAAAACAAUUACUAUAAUUAAUCUACUGGCGAUUUAAAAUUGAUAUUACCAUUCAAAUGCACGAAUAUGCACCUUGAAAGCUUGGUAAGGUACAAAGUUAUUCCUGUAAGGAUUUCUGCCCUCGGUCACAAGCUGUCGUACACUUUUUGCAGACUUUCUUCUGACAGUGAACAUGGCAGCUACCUACUGAUGAUCCCAAGCAUAUGCAGAUACACAGAGAUUCCAUGAUGUGUAGCGAUAUUAUCAAAAAGCAUCUUUAUUGUUUGUACAUGACUAUAUAUUUUUAUCGGAAGACUGUAAGAUACUUCGAAAUGAAAAUAUUUAUUUUAGAGCGUGUAUUAAAUUCAU